AUGGAUAUUUUCACGGUAACCACUUGCUAUCCCGCUCAUUUCUUUAAACAUCUAAUUCCACCUGCGUUCUUACCUGAAAACGAUAUAGCGCACUAUUCACAGAAAAUCAUCAUCAGAUACACAACUGUUAUAAUAAGUUUAAUAUCGAUGCUUCUUUUAUGCAUUCCGACGUAUAUUUAUCUAAAUUUUGCUUCAGAGUCUAAAAUGAAGACCAGUCUUGCCACUGUCGCAUACGCUGUUUUAGAAUACGUUCCAUUGCUCUUAACGCCAAUACAAGGCUAUCUUUUUGGAGCUAUCGCAUUAACAACCAUCGCAGACGAGUCUUUUUCUAAGGCAGAGCCUCUUGCUUGGAUCUUCAAUGGCAUAGUAUUCGUUUUCUACAUCUUUGGUACCGUAAUUUGGCGUUCAACCACUUGUUAUCAACUUCCCAUCAAAAAAGGAUACUUUGGAAC